AUGCCAGUUGAUCCAGAAAAGUUAGCUAAGUUACAAAAGGCCUCUGUUGCCAAGAAGGUUGGUGGUUCAAGAGUUAAGGCUAAGAAGAAUGUCAAGACUGAACAAGAUGACACCAAAUUGAUCGAAGCUUUAGGAAAGUUGAAGGCACAAAAGAUUGAAGGUAUUGAAGAAGCUAACUUCUUCAAAGAAGACGGUAAGGUUUUGCACUUCAAUAGAGUCGGUGUCCAAGGUGCUGCUCAACACAACACCUUUGCUUUGACUGGUUACCCACAAGAAAAGGAUGUUACUCAAUUGAUCCCACAAAUCUUACCUCAAUUGGGUGCUGAAAACUUGGAAAUCUUGAGAAAGUUGGCUGAACAAAUUCAAGCUGGUAAGAACCCAGAAUUGAAUGCUGGCGGUGCCGAAGGUGCUGAAGAAGACAUCCCGGACUUAAUUGAAGGUCAAAAAUUCGACGACGUCGAAUAA